AUGUCACAAAGAUACACCGUCGGCGAUGGCUCGCCAUUUCUCAAGAGGGUCAUCAUACCCUUUUACAUCGUCCGUAUCGCGGUGAUGAUCUUCCAGGUCAUCAUGUACGCCCUCGUCAUUAGUGUUGCCGCGAACAACAAAGAAGACCUGGGCAUCAAUACCUCACGAAGGACAGAAGGCUGGAUCAUUGCCAUUCUCGUUGUUGUCAUGGUUAUCAUCGCUGCUUGCCUCUUACUGGACAUCGUCUGCAUCGUCAAACGGUCUCGAAGAACCUUGACACCGCGAUUCUUCCUCAUUGCCAACUGUAUCCAAACCGCUAUUUGGACGGCACUUUUUAUCCUCACCAUUGCUGGUGCAUCGGGAAGAGCGGUCACUAUCAUCGUCAACAUCAUCAUUUAUGCCUCGUUCCUUGGAUUGCUCAUCUAUGCUUCUGUCAUCUACCACAGGCAUCGCAAGGGAACUUUGCGCGGCGAAUAUUCACGUACAAACCAGAACCAACCGACAGAGUACAAUGGCUACUCAAGCGACGAGCCCGCCAAAGCCCAUCAGUCCCAACCAUAUGAGUCGGACAGCCGAUACGUGUAA